UACGUUUCUAUUGGUAACAUUUACAAUGUAUGAGUAGUGAAUUACGCUCAACAUCUUGAGUACUCCCAGUCGCGACGCCGACAUGUCCAAGGUACCCGGUACCAGGUGUGGUGCGAGACAUGACGUCCUUAUCGCGCUGUCGAUAAGAGUUCGAUAAGCCGUGAACUUCUGACGGCUCGUGCACCUUGAACUUCACGCCAUGUCAAACAUCGUCACCACUCCGUUCAUAUCCCACCAGGCGCAUUUCUCCCGCCGUACUCAGACCAUGCCAUAGCACCACCUCAAGGCCUGACUGACAUACGAAUCAUCAGCCGCCACCAUGUCAGUCAGCACGGCACCCUCGCUCCAGCUCACGGAUUACCUGGAGAAGCUUCCAGGUACGACCUUUCGGAAGCUCUACCAGCAGCCCUCGACGGCGUUUGCCAUCUUUCGGCGCAUGCUGCCCCAACUCGCCAAAACAUUUGUUAUGCGCAUGCUCUUCAUGCCCAAGCCGAUGCUCCUCCAUGAUCUCGAGCUCUGGGUGCGACCCGAUGCGAAAAGGCAAAAAGAUCAGGCACUCUCGAUACUGCAGGCAUUCCACAUUGUCCACAUCACCGCGCCGUCCCGCGACAGACCGCAGGAGAUGCAGCUCUCCCCCAACUUCAAAACUUCGAUGCGCCUCGCGCUCACCGGCGGGGGCACACACCAAUCGUUUGGUGUUCCGUCCAAUUUGACCGUCCCGACCGAAAUCGACAUCAACUUCCUCGAUCGAUACGCGAAGAAGAAGUGGGAGGACAUUUUGCACUUUGUGGUCUCUUCCGUGGGCUACAAGUCCAGCGCAGAGGCCAAUGGCCCGAACAAGAGCGUGAAGGAACUCAUCAUCUCAGGGCGGCUCGUCGAUCGACGUCCAGGAGGCGGCAUCGGCAUCACGCAAGCAGGCUUCACAUUCCUACUUCAGGAAGCCAACGCACAGGUCUGGACGUUGCUUCUACUGUGGCUUGAGGCAAUGGACAACAACCGCGAAGCCGGCUUGGAGGCGGUCGACAUGCUGUCCUUUCUAUUUGUCCUGGCCAGCAUGGAACUUGGUCGAGCGUACGAUACAAACGCCCUGACGGAACAGAGGCGGAAUAUGCUCCCGUCCUUAGUCGACUUUGGCCUUGUGCAUGUCCCGCAUCAUAAGAGAUCCAUGUUCUUCCCGACCAGGCUGGCGACGACGCUCACAUCCGGCUCCAGCUCGAGCCUGCGCUCCAUCUCCGAGGGCGUGACGGCCGCGACAACAGCAGUCCAGACGUCCGGCGGGCCCCUAGGCUCGACCGAAAAGGGCAGCGUCGUCGUCGAGACGAACUACCGCGUCUACGCCUACACCCACUCCACGCUGCAGAUUGCUGUCCUCGCCCUGUUCUGCAAACUCACCUCCCGCUUUCCGGACAUGGUGGCCGGUCGCCUGACACGCGCCUCGAUCCGGCAAGCCAUCAAUUUCGGCAUCACGGCCGAUCAGAUCAUUGCGUACCUCGCGGCCCACGCGCACGAGCAGAUGCACCGCACCGCGCUGCAGACCGCCAAACCCGUCCUGCCCCCGACCGUUGUUGACCAGAUUCGCCUCUGGCAGCUGGAGAAUGAGCGCAUGAAGACGACCGUGGGCUUCCUGUUCAAGGAGUUUGAGGAUCACAAGGAGUACCUCGCGAUCGCCGGGUUCGCCGAGGAGAUUGGCGUGCUCGUAUGGCGGAGCGACAAGACGGGCAUGUUCUUUGCGAGCAAGCACGAGCAGAUCAGGGACUAUCUGCGGAUACGCAAAAAGGCAGAAUGAGGAAAGACUUGGGUUCUUCGGGCCAGGCGUUUUUGUUUUUGGUUACCAUCGGCUUCAUGUCACUCGAGAGUGUGGGCGUGCACUUGGAUUGUACAGGCGUUUUACAUUGAUUAUGGACUCGCGAGAGUACGAGGCUAGAAGGAAAAAAAGGUACCAAAAUUUCCGAAUAACG